CAAGAUCGACAAGUCCGCGGUCACACUGCAUUAGCUUUUUCCCGUGAAGAAGACGUUGCCGCGCCAGCCAAUUGUUUGUUUUGCCCCCCGCUCAUUUUCCCCCGCCCCGCGUGCCGUUGACCGUCGCGAACAAAGAGUGGAAAAUUUCCAAUUCAGCAGAAAAAUCCUUUGUUGUUUCGAAGUAUCUAGUGGAAGGAAAACCGAAAGAACUUCUGCGACUGCCAAGAAAAGAACGUCUUUUCUGGCCCCAAAUUCUGAUUGUUUCGGAUUUGAUUUUUUUUGGAUGGGUGUGAAGCGUAGUAUGCAAGAGAACUGCUGCAACAAGGACUGCCUGGGUCUCCGAAAGCGUGUCUGUGGUCUUCAUCAAACCUUCAAGUGGCUGCACCAGACCCCCGCUCUGCACGAGUACCUGAUCUCCGCCAGUUCGGUUGCUGCAAACACAGGCAAGGCGAGCGAGCCCAGAGCAACAACAGUCUAAAGUCCACCUAAGACCAAAGCAAUCAACCAAACGAAUAUAAACCGACUAUAUUAGCUAAAGUAGAUAGUAAAUUCAAUCAAAAUUCAACCUAACCGCACAAAGAAAAACAGAAACAACAACAGAACAACAAAAAUAGAAAAUACAAUUAAACCGCUACGAGCUUUUGCCGACAUCUUUGACCUUGUUUUGGUUACAAGUGCACUUCGCUGCUUGCAACCCGCUCGUCACCCUGCUUGGCAACCGAAGCAGUUUUCAACUUCCUCG